AUGCAGGCUUUGCCAGUGGCCGUGAGUGGGUCCUGGGAGAGGCUCGGUCCUCUAUCCCUGCCCGGGCGCCCAUGCGAUCGCGCUGGCCCCGCAAGGUUCGGGCGCCCUGGGACUGCUUGGCCUGUGGUGGCCCUUUUUGCAGCCGCGGGCGCCAGGAUUUGCCGACCAGCUGGAGCCAAGCGUCCAUGCACCCAGCUGCGUGCUCGGAAUGAUCCCUGGUUCGCCACCGUGAAAACGACGGAACUGGAAGAAGCUUUGCGAAGCCUCGGCUUCGACGAUUUUCCCAAAGUGCAAAGAAGAAAUCACUUGACCCAAUGGAUUCAGAAGCUGCGCAUCCCCUACGAGUUGGUGGAAGGGGCCUUGAAGGAAGUGCGCAUGAAUCGGAAGGCUGAGGCGAGGAAGAAGGCCAAACAGGCAGCCAACGCCAAGAGGGAGGAGGAGAAGCGAGCCAAGGAGCAACGAUCCAAGCAGAAAAAGUUCAGGGGCCAAAGUCGAAGAGGGGGCUUGUUCCAGUUCACGGAGGGUCAGCUUCGGAGCGUGCUGAACCUCUGCGGCGUGCAGGGGACUAGCCAGUGGCCCAAGGAGGACCUGGUCAAGAAAUUGGAGCGCCUGAAGAUUCACGUGGCAGAUGUGGAGGAGGUGAUGGCAGAGGUUGAGGAUCCCGGCUUCUCAAGGAGGUCCCGUAGAUCAAGGAGGUCUAGGCCAAGGUCUCGCGCGGAGCGGGAGUUCUACAACUCCGGCAUUGAUGACCAGCAGGUCAGAGAGUUUCUGCGAGAGGAGUACGAAGACUGGGACGACCGAUAUGACAGCGUCGACGACUACUAUCGGUACACCAUGGAUGAUGAGCCCUGGGAAUCUGUGCCGUGGGAUUUCGAUGACUUUCUCGAGGAGGACCCAUACGAGAGACAGCGCGGCCGGGACUACUCGAAUGCGGACUCGACUGCCGACCCCUGGGCUUCGGGCAGCUGGACGUACUCCUCCUCCGGCUACGGGUUUCGCUACGGGCCGGGACCGGCUUCCAGCUCAAGUCCGAAGGGCACGCCAGAGGAGACAAUGAUCCAGGCAAUCCAAGAAGGGUGGAAAGUCGACAGCCUCUCCCGGAUUCAGGCCUGUCAGCUGCUGGGGCUUUCGCACUCGCACUCCCUCACGGAGGUGCGAAGGGUUAGGAGGGAGAUGGCGCUUCGAUGGCACCCGGACAAGAACCCAGGCAACGCCAAUGCAGCUGUUGCCUUUCAGCUGGUCAUGGCUGCCGCCGGUGGUGCUGGCACCAUGGAAGCCCAGUUCCUCAAUGCGUCUGGUGAACCCGCCAUUUGGUGCGAGCUGGAGGAGGAGCAGGCGCCUCGCAGAGUCGAUGAGAGCUUCAGAAGCGGAGCGCUCGACAAGCACAGGCAUGGACCGCAGAACGUGACGAAGAAACGGUCCUGGCGCCGAUCAGUGCAUCGAUUUUUGGCCCUUUUCGGGCGUCGCAAAGGUGACUAA